AUGUUGUCUCGCACACCGCUCCUCGUACUCUCUCUGCUCGGCAGCCAUACCAUCGCACACACAUUCAUAUGGGGCGUCUUCGUUAACGGCAUAGACCAAGGCCUCUUCACCGGCAUCCGCACACCACCUUACAACGCCGCCCCCAACGCCGGCGGUUACGCCAACUCGCCCGUCAAAGACCUCGACUCCAUAGAUUUGCGUUGCAACGUUAUGGGCGACAUCCAAGCGCCUGACACCAUCAAAGUGUCCCCAGGCGACAACCUGACCUUCGACUGGCAUCACGACUACCGCAAUGACAGCGAUGAUAUUAUUGCUUCAAGCCAUCAUGGUCCAAGUAUCGUAUACAUUAGCCCGGAUCCGCCGGGCGAGAGCAGCUUCGUGAAGAUCUGGGAAGAGGGGCUGUUCGAGAGCAAUCCGUGGCCGCAGCCGGGGAGGUGGAGUACCACGGGGGAUAUUAGGGAGAAGCAUGGGAAGAUGAAUGUGCGGGUACCGAAGGACUUGAAGGCCGGGUAG